AUGGCGCACGCCGGCAGGGAAGGCGACUGUUUUUCGGAGGAGGGGGAGGGGGAGGGGGGGUUGGUGGGACGCGCCGUGCGCAAGGAGUUCCCUUUCGGGCUACUGGAGGGGAAGGUGGCCUUCUGCCACCGGCCGGACGGGGACGCUCUGCUGGUCCGCGUGGAGUACACCGACGGCGACUCCGAGGACCUCCCUGAGGAAGAGGUCCGAGACCUCCUUCUUCCCCCGUCCUAUUCCUCCCCCACCACCGCUCGUACGUCGUCCUCGUCCUCGUCAUCUCAACCUGCUGCUGCUGCUGCUGCUGCCGGCGCCGGCAGCGACACCAUGAUCGUCACGCCCCCGACCCCAGCAGUCCGAGGCCCCGCGGGUGGGGGGGCCAGGGUUUCCGCUGCCAAAGGCGUUGCUGGGUUUCAUUCCUCGAGGCGCGAUUCUUCUUCUUCUGCCGCCGGCGCCACCGAGAAAGGGGCUUCCUCCGGCAGGAAAAAGAAGAGGGCUUCUUCUUCCUCGUCCGGCGGAGGUGGUAGCAGCAAGAAGGCCGCGGUGGCUAACGGCGUUGCGGCGGAUGAGGGCGGCGGCGACUGUGUUGUUGUCCCCGCCUCGGCAGUUUCGCGCCGCAAGGCGGGGAGGGUGGAAGACGACCGUGGAAUGGUGGGGAGAGAAGUCUGGAAGACCUUCGGCGGCGUGCCCUACCACGGGACCGUGGCCUACGCGCACGUCUUGGUCGACAGCGGCGAGGUGCUGUAUCACGUGGAUGAGGAGGAGGUGGAGGAGGAGGAGAAGGAGGAGGUAGCAGAGGAGGAGGAGGAGGAGAAGGAGGAGUACGAAGAAGGCGAUGGGGGCAAGACCAGGGUGGUCACCCCCGCCGCUGAGCCCGCAGGCGCUCCUCGUGGCCCCGCCCCUGCCUCUGGCGGAAAGGUGGCGCCUCCUUCAUCGGCGGUGAUUCUGAUCAAGAAGAAGAAGAAGAAGAAGAACACUAGCAGCAGCAGCGGCGGCAACGGCGGCGGCAGGGCGCGAGAGGAUGCGAAGGAGGUGGAGGACGGGACACGCGGGUCGGCGGCGUCGAAGUUCAACGACUUCAUGGAUGGGCUCAUCAUGGCGUAUGAGGCGCGCGGCAUGGAGCGGCGCAAGUCCAGGCAGUUCGACGGCACCGAUGAGCCCGCCGCCGCCGCUGCCGCCGCCGCAGCAGCAGCGUCAGCGUCGUCAUCCUCCGUUCAGGAAGGGGGCGGUGGGCGAGGCGGUGGUGGUGGUGGUGGUGGCGGGGCUGUGGGGCUUCUCCGGCGGGAGGUGUCUCGCGCGUACACGGCGGUUGCUACAGCGGGACGGGCCGUGUCGGAGGCCAGCGUGGACGCCCUCGCGUUGCUGCUGAGGCUCAUGGAAGAGCAGGUGCGGCAAGGGCUUGCUGUUGACGCUUUUCCCAUGGCGACCACCUGCAGCGACGGUCAAGGAAUCGGGCGCUGGGGGCAGGAGGGUCCGGAGGCCCUCGCCAGCGUGGAGAGCUCCCUGGAGGCCUGUCUGGUCUGCCUCAUGAUCGUCACGUGUCCCGGUCUUGACCGCAAGCUGUGCUCGGACGAGCUGAUCGACCACUGCAUCGGAUUGUUCAGGCACCACCUUGCGAGGCAUGUCGCACCAGUGCUCGACCCAGCGUUAGCCAUGUCUAUUGCGAAGGGAGGAGACGGGAGCACCGGCGGAAACGCAGAGCCCGACGGCAGCGGAAAGUCUUCCUCCGGCAAGGCCAAGGGCAAGAAGGCCAAAGGGGGUGGGGGUAGCAAGGGAGGGGCCCAACAGAAGAGGAGUGUCGUCGAUGACGAGGACGAGGACGACGACUUGGACGACUCGAGGCUAGAGAGGCGGCUGCGAGAAGUUUCUAGGAAACUUGUCUCCGGCGGCGCGUUGGGCAAGGCGUACGAGGCGCUGGGGCUGCUGGACUUGCUCGUGUCUCGGGUGAGACUAGAGGACAACGUGCUUCUGCAGCUGUGCAGCGCUUGCAAGACCUGCCUCGUGCUGGAGGCACCCUCGCCGGCAGACAGGCGGGGGGAGGGGACGUCAAGACUGCAGCCCCUGCAGCACGGAGCGCUGGGAGUUCUCCAGACGGUGUCCCGAAAGUACGUGUCAUUUCGCCCACUGCUGAUCGAAGACGUGUUCGGGCUGUUGCUCAAGAUGCCAACCGGGAGGCGGCAGCUGCGGACCUUCCGCAUCGCCCACGUGCCCGAUGCCAUCGGCGGCGCCAACGGUGGCACGGACGGUUACAUCCAGAACUUGACCGCCCUGGUGAUGCUUAUGUUGCAGUCUUGCGUUACUUCCCCUCCGCAAGCGGCGGGCGGGGUUUCAGUGGCGGAGGCCGGGGAAGGGGCAGGGGGGGGGGAUUCGAAGGCGGAGAGGAGGAGGAGGCAGCAGCUGCAGAAGAAGCGGCAGCAAGAGCAGCAGCAGAGCGGCCUCAACCCUGCGAGGAAUGCGGCCACGUACUUCGUCUCGCGGUUCCUUUCCAGGUGUGCCGGCAAGGAGGAGAGCGCCAACUUCCAGCCGCUCCUGGCAAAUACCGUCGACGACCUCCUGGCCACUGUCUUGCUUCCGGAGUGGCCGGCGGCGGAGCUUCUACUUCAUGCUCUGUGCGGCGCGUUGGUGAAGGACCUCAAGGACCUGAAAGGCGGCUCUUCGGGCGCGAGGGACCAGCAGUACUGCCUCAUGGCCAUGGAUGUCCUCGGACGGGUGGCCGGUGGCUUAGCGGAUAUCACCAGGCGAGAGAGGGAGUGUCCAAUGGUUCUACCCGAGGCGACCGAGGGGAGGAAGGGCGGGGAGCCGGGAGACGAGGAGGAGCGCAUCCUGUGCAUCUGCGGCGGUGCUGGUAGGGACACGGGGGGCGGGGAGGGCGGGGUGAUGAUGCUCGACUGUGACCGGUGUCACCGCUGGUUCCACGGUCACUGCGUGGGCAUCACCUCUCAGGAGGACUGUCCCGAGGAGUGGUUCUGCGUGGACUGCACCAUUCUCCGACAGGUCUCCGCUCAGAAGCACGCCCACGCCAAGAGACAAAGUUUGGAUGCCGCUUCGCAUGACCUCACGAAGGAGUUGGGCGAUGAGGCCGGAAGCGACGAUGAGGGUGGGGUAGGCGGCGGCAAAGUUGUCGCUUUUGAGGUGACCGACCUCGACGUGUUCAGGCAGCUGGUGCUCAACAGACUCACGGCAGAUGACGGAGCCAGCCGGAGCGCUCAGAGGUCCGCUGGCAGUGCCGGGCUGGGCUCGUCGUCAUCGUCAUCAUUCAGACACGGCCAGAGUGUUGCUGUUAGGGGAGGGGGGGGGGACGACGACGGGGAACGAGGGUGGGGGUGGCAGGCGAGGCAGACGCAGCUGGCGCUGUGGAUAGAGGAGGCGCAGAGGGGCGGUGGAGGCGGGGACGCGGGAGGUGCGGGGGCUCACCUCCUAGGACAGUGGAAGUCGGACGGUGGUUGCAGCAGCAGCUGGGACGCGCUCACGCUGGCUCAUGACGGCACCCUCCGCCUGUGCCGGCGAUUGGUGGUGGAAAGAGAGCUGUGCAAGCGGGGGCUGGACGCCAUCCUGGCGCACUUGCUGGCUUUUCUGCGGGACCCCGCGACAAGCUUGCGAGCUCGUGCGGUGAAGCGGCUGGCGGGGGUGGUUGACGCCGACGGUACUCUGAUGGGCAGGGACGUCGUAAGGGUGUCGGUCACCUCGAGCUUCCUGGACGAGGCUGUCUCUGUUCGGCAGGACCAGGCCCUCACGUCACCAGGCGCGAAGCGCCCCAGGAGAUCUGGUUCUGCGAGGAAGACGACGGCGAUGCUCUCCUCCCUGCCGCAACUUCCAAGGAAGCCUCCGCUGCCGCUACGGGUUCCUCGUCUCUUGCGCGGGAGCUCCCCGUCGAAGGCGAGGAACGUGGGCAGGGGGAGCGGGGCUGCGGCGGCGGCCGCGGCGCAGAGCGCGGCCGCCUCGAUGGCGGUGACUGCCGUAGCGGUGCAGGUGAUGGAGGUGGUCCACGGGGUGAAGGACAACGAUUGGCUGGUGAAGCUGCUGAGGGGCAUGAUCUGCGGGCCGGGUGCCGGCGACAAGCAAAAGAAGGACCGAUCCAAGAAGCGAGAGGCCUCCCUCAGGAGAUGCAAGGCCCUGGUACAGGCCCUGGUGAAUGUCCAGCUCGGUCUCGAUGAGGGGGUCAGCGCCGUACCCCCCGGUACCGGAAGUCCCCUUGAGGAACUCCCGCAGCAGCUGCUGGCCUGCGUGGCGACCCUGGGGGUUCUGUGCCGUGCCAGCCCCUCCCUCCUGGCCCCCCACGUGCAAUCCCUUCUGCCUUACCUCAAGGGGGAGAACGGUCUCACCGCCGCAGAAGAGUCGGAGAUCUGCAGACAGGUGUCAGACAUGGUGUACGAGGCGCUCCCACUCAUGAAGAAUCCCGACUUGACGCAGAUGACAGAGCUGGCUGACGAUUUGGUCCAGCUGGCCUACCGCUUCGGCUCUGCCGUCGUGCAUGCCUCUCUACGGUGCCUAGCUAGGCUGGUUCGAUUGGUGACGCACGACGCCAAGCCCCUGCUGAGCCUUCUGCAGUCGUUCUACUCGAGCCUGCACCGGCAUCGGACUGACGUGCAGCACCACCAGGGAGCGCGCUUGGAGGUUUUCGAGAUGCUUCGGGUCUACUUCACCAAGGCGAAAGGGCCUCACCUUCGAUCCAAGGCGCUUCAGGGGUUGGGUCAACUCUUGAUCGGCGCCCCGAGGCUGAUGCUGCUCGCGGACCAGCACGGCGUGGUAGGGGCCGCCCUCGCUAAGGGGACCGGCGACGAAGUGCUGGUGCAAGCCCUCAGGUGUUUCAAGGACAUCCUGGAAGCCGAAGAGGAUCGAGUAGAGACCGGUCUCGCCAGGGUCGACAUGGAAGCUACAGGUGUAACCGUGGCCCAGCGCGUCCAAGGCGACCAGGACGGCGAGAGCUCGGUCGUGGGCGGGGUGCUGCAGAUGCACCUCGCAGCCGUCCUGUCCCGCCUUUUCCACAGGAACCGCGUGGUACGAGCGGCGGCGAUUUCCCUUCUGGGGGUGAUGUUGCGGCAAGGAUUGGUCAAUCCGGUGGAUGUGGUUCCGCAGCUGCUGGCGCUGGGCGGCGACAGCGCGGGUUUCGUUCGGGCGGAGGCGUUUCGACUUCUCACGGUGGAGGACAGCAAGAACGGCGAGUUCAUCCGGACCAGGCUGUUGGACGGGCUCUUCAUGGCCUACACGUUCCAACAACACGUGCUGUGCGACUGGAGGCCGCUCUUGCCCAGUACCGACCCCGCGGCGGGAGGCACGGGCGGGGGUUGCUCCAUCGUUGGACCCGCCUACACGCUGUGCGUUCGACCGCAGAGACCCAGCCGUUACUCGUGCCUCAGGCUGCUCAUGUCCCUCUUCUCCGAGGCGAAGGCGUGGGAGCUAGCCUCCUUCGUGUCGUCCGCCAAGGAAAAAUUGGGAGUUUCGUCCGCUGGUGUUGGUAGCGGCAGCAGGGGUCGCGGCGGAGGAGGCGCGGGGGUAGGGGGGGAGGACCCUUUCGGCGGGGCGACGCCUCCAUCGGCCAAGAGGGCGAGAAAUUCCCUCAGCAGAUCUUCCAGCCUAGGCUCAGGCGGACGCGGGAAAACGGGGCCUCUGGACAUGCGGGCCCUGUCGUUCGUGUGCUGCACCUUGGCAGGCCUGCCGUACCAGGUCCAGGAGGAGCCUCUCUUCGUCAUCGACUACGUUAAUCGCCAGAUGUCGCUGCAGGGGAGCCAGUGCUUGGAGCUGCUGCACACUCUUCUCGCGAGAAAGGGCGUGCCGACGCCCCCCCCAGAUAGCGACGACAUUGACGAAGAUGAUCUGGGCUUGCAUGCGGCGAGAGAGCGUCAGGAAGGAGGGCACCGGGUCAGCGUUGUCGCCGAUCUCACCACCCCGGAGAAUAGCAGCCAAAACGGCAAUCCGCGGGCCCCCUCGCGCUCCGCCACGGCGCCCCCCGCCGUGGGCGGCGGCGGGUCGUCGUCGGCAGCGGGAUUGGGAGCGGCGAGUGCGGAAGAGGAGAGCAUGAUGCAUCUCAGGAAGACCUGCUCCGCAGCCGCGGCGUUCAGCAUGCUGCUUCGGCUCAAGGUUUACCUCAAGUCGGCUUACGGGCUGACGGCCGCCAGGUGCCAGUCAUACAAGCCCAAUGAGGCCACGAAGGCCAAUGAGAAGCAAGCGCAAUCCCCGAACCCUCCCCCGGAGACGUUCAAUCCCUUCACUACGGCCAAGAAGGGAGCAGGGAAGAGCGUUGUCGACACCUCUUCCAUAGCGGCUGCGGCCACGUCAGCCGCGGAAGUCCUGAACUCCGGGUCUCCGGUGGAACUGUCGGCCUUCUACAUGGAGUUGAGACGUCUCGCGCAGGACGACCCCGAGGAUUACGCCGGCUGGGAGGGCCUGGAAGAGGCCGUGUCCGACGGCCAAGACGGCGGCGGGGGCGGCGAGACCGAUGCCGGUUCGGGGUCGGACAGCAACGUCCCCAAGAAGCGCGGCAAGAAGCGAGGGUUGGCUUCUUCCACCGGGGGUGCGCGCGCCAAGAAGAGGAGAGCGAGCGCGGGGGACGCGCUUUCGACAGCCAAGAAACGAGGUGGCGUCGCCGGCAGGGGGAAGGGGGUCAGGACCAAGGGCAAGAAGGCGAAAACCGCAAGACGGCGGAAGAGCACAGGGGGGUUGGCGGCGAUUAGCGAUAGCUCGGAGAGAGACGACGACGGCGACGAAGACGACGACGAGGACUGGGCGUAGGCCGGGCGCACGGUUGGGUGUGUUUCUCGUGGCAGUUUUGUAUCUUUGGUCUCUUGCGGAUGGGGGUUGGGCGCUAGGUGGCUCAAUCGAAGAACGCGCUUGUCGUGUCGGCGGUUGGAGGUAGCUCACUGCUGCUGGCGCUCGAGCUGUCCGUUCCCGAUUUGCUGGUGGUUUUCACCCUGUUCUUAGUGAGGGCGGUCGGCGAUGAGGUUGAGGUCGCGGCCUAGGGCGCGUGUUGUCAGCCCCUUAUGGGAACUUUGACGCGCCUGCCGCCCGCAACAGCAACAUCUCAUCGAUUUUGCUGAUUGGGCGUGCCGAGAUUUAUGUGAGAGAGACCAUGGAUUUAUUUCCCUUUUUCUGGUCUUAGGGCGAAGGAUGAAUGUCGCAAGUUGCAACAAUAGAGCCGGAAAGCAGAAGAGAAAGGAAAAAACUACUGCCGGUCUGCCGCCCCCCCGAGUUGGCAAGGGUAGAGGUCGAUAUUUUCCACGGGCGAAGUGGACUGCUGCCACCCCCCUGUUGGCAAGGGGUAGAGGUCCCUGUUUUCCAAGGGCGAUCUGGACUGGAUACUGUAGGGAAUAGCAAGUUAGCACAAUGUAAAUCUGCAGGAAUUUUACACCGACGACAGAAAGAACGGGUGCCGAGCAUGGGCGUACGAUCGAGGGGGGGAUUACUCGGCUUUUGCGGUCGGCGGUCGACAUGGAAAGUAGGAGACCAAGCGUUUCGUUGACGGCGGCGCGAUUAUUUGGAGGAGAGGCAGUAGUAUAUCGUGGGGCCUGCAUCAGUUGUGUGAGAGUUUUAUUACAUACACCAAACGGUCGAGGGGGGCAUGCACCGA